UCUUUUUAUUCUUUUGCAGUCAUUGCACAUUAGACUUUCUCCCUAAAACCAGAACGGUUACAAUAUCCAACACACCCCAUCACCUUAUUCUAUUCAAUUCUAUUCUCUCCCAUUAAUAAUAAGCGCUCUCUCUAUUAAGAGGGGCUCUUUUGGUAUAAGCUUCUUUGUGUUCUGUUCUGUUCUGUUCUGUUCUGUGUUAUUGCUCUGUCUCUUUCUCUUCUUCUCCUUAAGUGGACGGCAUAAUCCGUGACCACCCACUUCCUAUAUAGAUCCUCCUUCUCAUUCCCUAGUGCCAAAGCUCAGUUCUUUGGAUUGAUUUUAGUAGAAGAGGUAGAUGUUGAAAACUAACCGAAGGUGAGGUGAGGCAGCUGAAUUACAUGGAUAAUCUCUGUUGCUUCAAUUCUGUCUCUCAGGUGGUUGGAGGUCGUUCUUCAUGUAGCUCCGGCAAGGGUAGGAGCUCUCAGUAUGCAGUCAAGUAUGGCUUCAGUCUAGUUAAAGGGAAAGCGAAUCACCCAAUGGAGGACUAUCACGUGGCGAAAUUUGUCCAGUCGAGAGGGCAAGAGCUAGGACUUUUCGCUAUCUAUGACGGACACUUGGGAGACACUGUUCCAGCAUAUCUACAAAAGCAUCUGCUUUCUAAUAUCUUGAAGGAAGCAGACUUCUGGAAUGAUCCAAACGGUUCCAUCAUUAAGGCGUACGAGACAACGGAUCAGGCCAUUCUUUCUCACAAUCCUGAUCUGGGACGAGGCGGAUCAACUGCAGUGACUGCAAUUCUAAUAAAUAAUCAGCAAUUGUGGAUAGCGAAUGUUGGAGAUUCACGAGCAGUUCUGUCACGGGGAGGGCAGGCCAUACAGAUGACGGUAGAUCAUGAGCCCAAUACUGAAAGGGGCAUAAUCGAGAACAAAGGCGGAUUUGUCUCAAACAUGCCAGGAGAUGUUGCAAGAGUGAACGGGCAGCUUGCAGUGUCUCGGGCAUUCGGAGACAGAAACCUCAAAUCGCACUUGCGAUCUGAUCCUGAUGUACAACAUUGUGACAUUGAACAAGAUACUGAGCUUUUGAUUCUGGCUAGUGAUGGUCUUUGGAAGGUAAUGGCAAACCAAGAAGCAGUGGAUAUUGCGAAAAAGAUCAAAGAUCCUCAAAAGGCGGCGAAACAGCUAGCUGCGGAGGCAUUGAACAGAGACAGUAAAGAUGACAUUUCAUGCAUUGUAGUUCGUUUCAAGUGAUUCAGGGUUCUCCUCCAUCCAUUACAUUCAAUCUUUGAUGACUCACCAAUAUAGGGAUGCAAAGUCCAUGCUCCUUCUUCUUCUUGUUCUUCUGGAAAUUUCUGCAACCAUAGGUUCCCCCAUCCCCAGAAUUAUCUGUAAAAUUGAUGUUCUUGACAUUAGGUGGUUCUAUUUUAGCAUUUCUUGAUUUCUUCAGUGUAGAUUAAUACCAUCAUUUUUCUCUGUAUUUUGCUUUGUGACAUGGAGUAGUGUGACAAUUUGAGAUGGGUAUAUGGUUAGUUUUUCUAAUGAUCAAAAGUUAGGCACUCUAAGUUCCUGUGAUUCAGAGUGGUAACUAGUACAAUUCUUUUUUAAGAGAGUUUCUUAGUAUUCAAAUUCCUGACUUUAUAAGUAAAAUUUGUUUCAAUUUAA